UGUUAUAACCGGAGAUCCCCAGUAACCAUGUGACCGCCCCUCGUGCUGUCGUCAGCGGCCCUGGACCCACUCGCUUAGUCGGAUUCCAGAGAUCCAGAAGGAAGGACGGAAAUACGGAGUUCGUCUCAACAGUCGCUCCCAAAUAAACACGUUAAAGAUUGUGGCAGUAGGGAAUAAUUACCCUCACCAUGUCCCAUGACAAAAGUGGAUACCCUAUUAUGGGUGAGAGCAACCCUCUUCACAACAAUGUUUAUGGGCCCCCUCAACCAGGUUUUGGUAUGCCCCCUCCCAACUACAGCCAAGGCCCAGGGGAACCUUACCCACCAGCUGGUGGCUAUGGACAGCCUGGCUUCGCCCAGACAGGUCUGGGUUUUGCCCCUCAACCAUACCCCCAGAUGCCCUAUCCACAAGGCCCCUACGCUCAGGGGCCUUAUCAGCAGGGACCCGGACAGCCAGCUUUUCACGGGGACCCUAUGGACAGCCCUGGUUAUCAUGGUGAUGUGCCUCCAUCUUACUAUGACAACGAAGAAUUUACCAGAUCAGGCUUUGAGGACAAGAACAUCCGACAAGCCUUCAUCAGAAAAGUCUUCUCUGUGCUUACGGCGCAGCUGUUGGUCACCUUCUCUUUUGUUUCUGUCUUCACAUUCGUCGACGAUGCCAAGUUAUUCGUGCAACGCAAUCGGUGGACUUAUUAUGUGUCCUACGCUGUCUUCUUCGUGUCUCUGAUCACCAUCAGCUGCUGUGGUGACUUCCGCCGCAAGCACCCCUGGAACUUGGUUGCUUUGUCCAUCUUGACAUUGAGCCUGUCCUACAUGGUGGGGAUGAUCGCCAGCUUCUACAACACAGAGACGGUCAUCAUAGCUGUAGGCAUCACAGCGGUGGUCUGCUUCACUGUUGUCCUCUUCUCACUGCAGAGCAAGUAUGACUUCACUUCCUGUCGGGGCGUUCUCUUUGUGUGCCUGAUUGUGCUGCUGGUCUUUUCGAUCCUCUGCAUCUUCAUCCGCAACAGGAUCCUGGACAUCGUCUACGCCUCCCUGGGGGCUCUGCUGUUCACCUGCUUUUUGGCUGUUGACACCCAGCUUAUUUUAGGCAACAAGAAGCUGGCCCUCAGUCCAGAGGAGUACAUCUUUGCCUCACUCAACCUCUACACUGACAUCAUCAACAUUUUCCUCUACAUCCUGGCCAUCGUGGGGCGCUCUCGCGAUUGAGCCUGCACCUUCAGGAGAGCAUCGGCAAGCUAGAGAAUGCCUCGAUUCUUGCUUACCUGUGCUUUUUGUCUGCCUCAUCUAACUUCUCCCCAAUUAUUCUCCGCACCUGUCACAUGCAUACACACCAAGCUGUUUUCAAAUUAAGACUGAGUCUAUCUUAAAAUUCAACUAAGUAGGAACACUUUUAAUUUACUCUCUCAAUAUUCUUGCUGUAAGUGGAAAACCCAUAAUGACGCUCCAUCUUCCCUCUGCUUCUACUAACACAUACAGCUGUGUCUCAAUCCCCCACCUGCCUACUUCCAGUAGGACUGGUCACUUAUAGAGAGUAAAACAUGUUAGGCUCCGGGUGAUUGGUACUCAGCCUCGUCUUGCUGCAAAGCUUAAAUUGAGAAAAGUGGGGAAAUCAACACUUACUACCAAUGCAGAACCAGCUUUGGCUGAAUUUAGAAGAUAGUUUUAGAAGUUAUCUUCUUCAAAUCUGCCUGUUUUCACAAACUUGUCUCUCUUUUUUUUUAGCCUGUGUAAGUUAAUUGUGCAUGGCUAAAUUGGAAAUACAUGAAAAGAUGCACUACAAUGUCUGGAUUCAGUGGAGGGAAAAGCUCUAUCUUGCUUGUGACAGCUGUAAAUAGUUCAGUGUAUUACUGUUGAUGAUGCCAGUAUACCCCACAACCACCACCACCCCACCCUCUUCCUAUCUCUGAAAGGCAGUGGAGUGCGUGGAUGGCUGUUUGGGGUCGGGGAUAUAUAUGCUCUCUCACUGGCAUUUAUAAAUAAAUAUGAGCAUAAAGGUAAAUUUAUAACUGUUAUAUUGUUUUGUAAAUUCUGUUCAAAUACAAAAAGAAAUUGAUUUAUUGUCUAUUACUUUCUCCUUGUGUUGGUAAAUCCUCUUUAGUUGAAAAUGUUUUUUUCUUAUUACUGCUGAUCACUUUCUAUAUUAAAUUUGAUCCUUGUAAAACUUUGAAGCUAGUAGUUACCAGAUUUGAAGGAACAAACAACUGAUCUGAAGUUGUGAGGGUGUUUCUAAUCUCUCCAGUAAUGUGAACAUUCACUAAUAGCUUAACGCUUUUGUCGUUUAAACAUGCAUACAGAUUCGAAGGAUGUAUAAUUUUAUUUAUUUUUGUGUUAUUUUAUUUUUAUCUGGUGCAUGAUCCUGUCACCAUUUGCACGAGCUCACACAAUGCAGCUAUUCUUGUUUUGAAAAAGAGAAGCUGUUAUUUCAAAACCUUGUUAGACUUUUUUCUUUUCAUUUUAAUGUUUGUCAAAUUAAAAUGUAUGUGUACAUAGGGCAACUUGGUGUUUUCAUGUGUAUAAAGUAAGUAAGUUCGGGCUUUGUGGGUCUGUAGGGAGUGUAUAUUUGCAUCAAACUGAAGAUGAACUGAAAUCCCACAGCUGUCUGCUUUCCAUUAAAAUAGAAACAAUUGAAA